CUGAACAACCUAUAUUUAUGGUUUUGCGAAAAUCUGCAAGUUUCUCUUUUAUAUUUUUAAUAGGAUUUGGAUAAUACGUUAAGCUAAAUAAAGGAAGGAGCAAUAUCGGAUCUGUGUAGGAUCAUUUUUUUGUCUGUAUGUCCGUCUGUUAAGAUCCUUUUGCUCAUGAACAGGAAGGCUUUGAGAUAGAGUCAUGAAAUUUGGCAUGAAAUCAGUGCAGAAAUAAAUAUAAUAAGAUCAAAUUGUAAUAUGUAAAUUCACUUAACAUGAAUAUGUAAAUAUAACAACGCUAUAAGUUGUAAAAAUAAUUAUGUUCCUGACAAUCUUUAUCUGAUAGUUGUAAGCUAAUGGGACAAAUUCACAAUAAUCUAGAUCUCUCAAAAAAGUUGUUCCCUUGCGCUCAAAUCACCGUGGAAGAAAAGACGCUGAUAAAAGUGAUAAACCGAGUACCUAUUAAUUCCAUGUAGUAAAUAUACAAAAGUUUUAUGAAUUGAUGUUUAUUCAAAUACUUUACAAUUUCUACAGAUUUGUAUAACGACCAGAAACUGAAUCUCAAAUCAAUGUCAGUAUGACGGAAAACUAGACAUUUUAGUUUUGUUACAGAUGAUUCAUGAAUGUUUGAUAAUGUUAGCUCAUUUAUUGUAAUUUGUAAGACUUUACAUGGAUUUUUGAAAUCUUGUACCUAUAUUAGAAGCUAAGAUGUGGUCAGGAGGCGGAAUGAAAAUUGACCUCUGUCCAUGUUGUAAAGUUGUUAGCGAGAAUUACUCGGGAUUCCAGAAAGUUUUGGAUGUUCGAGAUGCUGGCUUUGUUCUUUACCGACACACUACGUUAGUGGAGGAUAUUGACAAAAGCACUGGUACCACCCAAAUUGCUACAACUACCACAGACGACGUAUUUAUUCUGGAAAACACAAAGGACGUUCCAUUAAAAAAUGUGGACAUCACUACAGAGCUUGAUCGCAAUCAAAUAAGCUGUCCGCGAUGUGUAAAUAUAGUAAAACAUGCACAAAAGUUACUCCAAAAUCAGGAAUUGGGUGCAAAUGACCUAAUCGGAGUGUGUGAACAUUGCCGUCAGAAAAAUCAAGCCGAAAAGCCAUGCUUGAAAUGUAAAGAAGCUGUAGAAAUAUUUCAAUCGAAUAAAGCUGCAAAAAAAACAAGCUCGCGCGCUCAGAAGGUUAAGACAUGGUUGUCCAAAAUAGAAAAUCUGAUACGAAAAGCCCUUGUUGAAGAUAAAAAGCAGGCUAUGAAAAUCAAACGCAGAUAUUCGGAUAUUGAUAUUAAUUUGAUACUGAAAAAAAUGUCAAAAACGGAUCGUGAACCUGAAGUUGCAGAGCUUUUCCUACACGAUAUUGAUUCGUCUAUGUUAGGACCUCUCAGUGAUAGAUCACAUUAUCAUGGAGUAAAAAAAACCAAAGACGUAAUGUUUGAUGAAAUAGAGAAGAUAUAUGAAGAUAGACGACAUCCCGGUACACCCUAUGGAGAAGAAAGUCGACUCUUUAAUCAAUCCAUUACAACACUUACAGAAGAUGAGUUUGAAAGGAGAUAUAAAAAAGACAAAAUAGAAGAUAAUACAGUGUAUGACUACAUGCACACACCUAGAGCUGAUUUAGCAGAAGAGAAUUAUUAUGGCACAAGCAAGGAAGAUUUUAUUCAAGCGGUUAGUAAGCAAUACGAACAUGACAAACAAUUCAUUUCAAAAAGUGACACUUUUCAAGACGGAAAAAAGUAUGUUACUGGAGAAGGUAAACACUACGAAAGUGACAGAAUGAAAAGCCUCAUACAAAAACGUAACUUUGAUUAUGAAGAUAAUAUUCCAACAAUUAGUACACGUUACGAAAGUGGUGGCAUAAAUAAAGACUUACUAGAUAAUGAUAUUAUACACAUAAAAAGUAAAGAAUAUGUUCCAGAUCAAAGAAAAGACUAUCCAGCAGCAUCUACUAAAUAUUAUGAUAGUAAUAAAAAUAAAGUAUUAACUAAUACUGACUCAGAUAUUGAUAGUAGCCUAAGGAGAGACCAUUAUGACAGAGAUAGAAAAAAAGACAGGCGAACACCUGAUACAGUCUCCGAUCAUAGAAAAGAGAGGGAGUCUGAUGACAUGACUAGUAAAUAUUAUCAUAGUGAUGAAAAAAAAUAUUUACCAAAAUCAGAUUCAGUUUCCGAUCAUAAAAAAAGGGUCGAAUCUAGUAAAUACUAUGAUCGCGACAAAAAGGGAGAGGUUGUUCAAACGACAAGUAAAUAUUAUGAUAGUGAUAGAGGGAAAGAUUUAGUCUCCGACCACAGAAUGAGGGGGUCGGUCACAACGGAUAGUAAAUACCACGACGGUGAUAAAAAUAGAGAUGUACUGAAAGCUGAUACAGUUUCCGAUGACAGAAAACCGGAUAUUAAAUACUACGGUAGUGACAAAAAGAGAGACAUACUGAAAUCUGAUACAGUUUCUGAUGAUAGGACAAAGAGAGAUAUUGCUCCAACGGGUAGUAAAUAUGAUGAUAUUGACAGAAAUAAAGAUUCGCGAGGAAGGAAGGAGUCUGAUGUAACUGAAGGUAAAUACUACGAUAGUGGUAAACCGAGAGACAUACUGAAAUCUGAAACAGUUUCUGAUGAUAAAAAAAAGAGAGAGGCUGUUCCCGGUAGUAAAUAUGAUGAUAGUGGUAGAAGGAGAGAUACAUCGAGAGCUGAUUCAGUUCCUGGUGAAAGAAGGGGGGAAUUUGUUGUAGCGGAUAGUAAAUAUGAUAGCGAAAGAAAGAGAGACAUAUUGAAAGCUGAUACAGUUUCUGAUGAAAGGAAAAUAAGAGGAGCUUUACCAACUGGUAGUAAAUAUGAUGAUAGUGAAAGAAGGAGAGAUACAUCUAGAGCUGAUUCAGUUCCUCAUGACAGAAGGAAGGAAUCGGUUGUGGCAGAUAGUAAAUAUUAUGGAAAGGACAAAAAAAGGGAUGCAUUGCAAACAGAUGCAGUUUCUGACGAUAGAAAAAAGAAAGAGGCUAUUAAGUAUGAUUAUAGUGACAGAAAGAAAGAGUCGUUUGAAGCCGAUGGCGUCGCUGAUGAUAGAAGAAGAAAAGAAUAUGCACUGACUUCUAGUAAACGCAAAGAUAUGGACGAAGAUUUACCUCCAUAUAUUGAUCAUUCUGGUAGAAGAAAAGAAUACACGUCAGCAGAUGAUGAAAACUACGAAACAGGUAAAAAAAAAGAGAUUAUAUCGAAAGCUGGUACACGCCAUGAAGAAGAAAAGGAAGAGUUAGCAAAAAAGAAUAAAGCAAUGUACACAACACAAAAGGCACGUGAUUUCGAAGACGUCACUAGACAUGCUCCGGCUCCUAAACAGUAUGAAGGAGAAAGAGGGCAAGGUUUCAUUUCAAGAAUAGGGAAAAAAUUCGAAGAAAAAUACAAGCUGGACUUUGGUGAUAUAGAACAAGUUUCCGGAUUCAAAGAUAUAAAAAGGUUGACAGAAGUUUUUAUUCCAUUAGCUGUAAGACGUUACACACAAGAUGUAUCUGCUAUAUUACAACCAAUAGGAGGAUUGCGUGACAAAAGAAGUAUAAAAUCGACAAUAACAAAAAUUGCUCAUGGACCCCCGUCACGUAUGAAAAAGUAUCAUUCAGACGAAUCACUAUUCAGUGGUAUAAGUAAGAUGACAGAUAUGGAAGGGCCAACGAGUGGUUUUGACUACUUUUUUCCUCACGGUGCCAGAGAAGUUAAAAAGAAAAUUAGAAGAACCAAAAGUGUAAGUUCGUCAGAACUGAUUAAGGAUACCUUGGAUAAAUUAGAAGAAGAGAAAAAGAAGCGUGAAGAAGCUGAAAGAAUUAAAGAAGAGCACAGGAAACAGCUUGAAGCCGAAAGGAAAGAGAGGGAACUCGCUAAAAGAAUUGAAAGAGACCUGGAAAAACAAUUAAAAUUAAGAGAAAAAGAAAUUGAACAGGAAUUAAAAAUGCAGGCUGCUAAGGGAAAAAUAUCUGAAAAUGAAGUGGACGUUAAAGAUACAGUGCAAGAACUAGAUAGAAAAAUUGAAACAGCUAAAGUUGAUGACGUUGGCAAGACGAAAAAACCUAAAUCUAAUCAAGAUUUAGUUCGUGGUAAAGAUGCCACAGUCAGAGAAGGAAAAGGAAAAGUUAAAGAAGAGAAGGUAGGAGUUAAAGAAGACAAGGAAGGAAUUAAAGAAGAGAAGGAAGGCGUUCAAGAAGAGAAGAAAGGAGUUAAAGAAGAUAAGGGAAAAGGUAAAGAAGAUAAGGGAAGAGUUAAAGAAGAUAAGGGUAGAGUUAAAGAAGAGAAGGGACAAGUUGAGGAUGAAAGAGGAAAGGCUAAAGACGAAACAGGGAAAAUUAAAGAAGAAACUGGAAAAAAUAAAGAAGAGAAAGGAAAACUUAAAGAAGAAACAGGCAAAGUUAAAGAUGAAAUGAGAAAAGAUACAGAAACUACAGAAAAGAAAACUAAAGGAGAAACACUCAAAGAAAAGGAAGAUAAACAAAAUAAAAUAAUAGAAGAAAAAGCUAAAAGUGAUAAAACUGCAAAAGAAAUCGGAGAUAAAAGUAAUGAAAAAAAGACAAAAGACUCUACUCUUGAUAAAGAUAAGCUCAAGCCUGAAAAUGCUGUGAAAUCAGAUGAAAGAGAAAGAUUGAUGAAAGAAUUAAAGCAACAGAAAGAAGAAGAACGAAAGAAAGAAAAAAUAGGUACUAAAGACACAGAAAGCACCAAUCAACCGAAAGCUGGAAAAGAAAAAAAGAAAGAAGUCGCAGAUCAAGAAGUAUCAGGAAAAAAAGGAAAAGAUAAAAAGGAAGAAAUAGUUAAAUCCGAAAACGUUUCAGAUCAACUUACAAAACAAAAACAUACUGUACCACCGGAUAAAAAAAAAGCACUUGAUGUACCUAUGACUGGAAUCAAAAUGCCAAAAAGGCUAUCUAUUUAUGAUUUAGUUGUACCAAAAGAUAGACCAAAGGAAAGAAAAAAAGAAAUUCCAUCAGAUCCCUUACCGAUGUUUGAAGUUAGAAAACGACCAGUUAUGCCACCCGCGUCUAGUAUUAGUAAUUUGUCUGAUUUGGAACUCGACCUGGAAAGUUUAUUGAAUAAACAACAGGAAGAAAUUAAUAUGAAGAAAAAUGAGAAGGACAUAGUUAUUGGCGAGAAAAUUCAUAAAUUUAUCUCACACGGGGGAAAAACAAAAGAAGAAAAUAUUAAAGACUUGUGUCGAGAGAAAGUGAGAAAAAUUCGAGAAAAGACACUCAGAAAUGAGCAAGAAAAGAAAGAGAAAAAAAUUGUUGAGUCGCGACCAAUUGACUAUGAUGAAGACUUUGGUCUUGAUACUGAAAUUGCGCCUACACCUCAGCCAAGGCCAGCACCAAAGCCGGAAUCGAAGCCUGAAAAACUCAGAUCAGGAAAAGUAGACAGAGAUCUCGCAAUGUUUGAUCCGGAUUAUGGGAAAGGUGUUGUACGAUAUGCUUUAUCUGAUCGCUCGUUUAUAGAAAAGGGUUGGACCAUGCUACCGACAGAGAAAGUUGUGCGGAAGAUGAAUGUGUAUCGUAUGAGGCCAUCCCAUCCGGAAUUCGACUGGUUUGAGCGCAAUAAAAAGAAAGGCGUGCUGGAAUACGACAGUGGUGAAAAACUUGCUCAGUUCGACGACAACGGACGAGGCCGCUUGUAUUACAAGAGUGGGAAUCUGGCGCUUGAUUAUUACAAUGCUGAAGAGGUGAACGCUCAACAGCGGUUUGUGGUCUACAGCAGUGGCGAGCCAGACGAGCGCGGCCGGACUCAGCCGCGGACCGUGCUGGCUACCUUCGACUAUCUUGGCAAUGGCAUAGUGUUUGAUCAUGCUGGCAAAAUAAGACUCAAGUACAAUCAAACUGAAGGUAUAAUAUUGGAUCGCAGCUUGGGACCAGUUUCCCACUGGAAGUGGCACACUCUGAACGAUCCUCCAGUUCUGCAACAGGUCAUGAUAGACACUCAGAUGGCACAUAAGGACCCCCAGAUUUGCAAACUUGGAGGGCCUGGUGAAGACAAACCACGCCCCGAUGACGAGCAAAUGCUAGCCAUUGAGUUCGAUAACUUCAUCAAGGAAAAGAGCGCCAAACUAAGUCAGACAUUUAAACCUUUUCAAAUCAAGAUGAAAGCAUUAAAAAUUAAUGAGUACUUUUCUUUACGGGUGUUAGACCAGGCUACAGUCUAUUUGAUAUACAGGGACGGCCCAAAAUUUGUGAAAUUGAACAUUGGUAUGAUAUUAGAUCAUAAAGAAAUAGUUGACACAGACACAGCGGAAGUAGGUGAAGUUUCUAAUAAUGUGGAACGUCUACCAGCUCGCACCGACAGUCUGGCUGAACUGCAACGCAACGUAGCUCAUGCACAAAAAAUAGAGAGAUCUAGGUCAGAAAGGGAUCGACGCAUACGCAGGCCCCAGCCGAAGUCCAGCGUGGACCAGCUGGAGGCAGCAGCCUCCCGUCCUCUCAGGCCUCCGCUCCGGACGGUGGAGUCCACGUCGACCAUAUCACCUAACAAAGUGUACUGCAAAUGCAGAAAACCAACCAGCUGCAAUAUUUAUUACGAUACCAGUCUUAUAUAAAUUUUAUAAAAUGUAUUUUAUAUUCGACUUAUUAAGAGUUUUACAUUUAUUUAGAUUAUUAUAGAUUUAUGACUUUUGUAUAAUACUAUAGUUUGAUAUGUCGUUAGCAAUAUGAUAGCUUUUAUUUCGAUGUCGGAUAUUUUAAUUACUUAUUAUACUAUUAACAAAUAGUUUAAUCCGAGUAAUGUAAACAAAAAUUACAAAUGUCUGUGAUAUUUAUGACUUGUUAUUUGUGAGUUGCGAAAUUUAGUACACAUUUAUUGAAGCACAUGGAUUAAUUUCAUUAUUUGAUUGUGUUGUGGUGUUUUAUAAUUUGACAAUAAACGAUAUUCUAUUUUAUGGUA